AACAUCGUGUAAGUGUCAACAUUACUAUCUGGGCUUUCCUGUUCGCUUCCCUACGUGCUGAUGACAACCUCUGGGAACUAGCAGCGUUGUGAUCAUACAGCACCGUGUGUUCCUCCAGAUUACUGACUUUUCGAACUAAAUUUGCCGAGUGUAUCGUGAUAAGGAUGAGAGAGAGGGCUGGAAGGCUGACAUAGAGCGCUGGUGACGAUGCUCUGGUGCUGCUGGUGUUGUGCUGGCCCGCAAUGGUCAUGAUUCCUACGCCUUCUGCCGUUAUCCACACGCCCACGCGCCCGAAAUUGGGAUUUUCAAUAGACAGUAUAGUAGGGCGUGGAGGCGUUGAUGCGCGGGGAUCGCCGCCCCCCUCUCCCGGGUCCCCUAGGGGCAGCCCGCGGCCAAGAAGUCCCGUAGGAAAUGCACACGAACUGCAGAAAACACAAGUUAGAGUUCCAGAACCAAUUCACCCUCUUGUGCCCACUUCGGUGCCUACUUCGUUACCUCAGCAUCCUACAGCUGCCCAUCCUUUGCACUUACUGCCAGGCCUGCACGUGCCCCAUGCCCUCCACCUUGCUGCCUUGCUUCCCCCGGGAGGCGCCCACAGCCUGCCCACAGCGGUACCCCCUGGUUUGCUUGGGCAGAUGUCCCACCUGGGCACGCCUCUGCCCCCAGCGCCAGGCCCACGAGAGUUCCCGCUGUACCCAUGGCUGUUGUCCAGACACGGCAGGUUCUUCGCUCAUAGGUUCCCAGGGCCGGACUUCCCGUCGUUCCUGCUGCCCUUCCGGAAGCCCAAGAGGAUCCGGACGGCGUUCAGCCCGAGCCAGCUCCUCAAGCUCGAGCAAGCCUUCGAGAAGAACCAGUACGUGGUGGGCGCCGAGAGGAAGCAGCUCGCCCAGGCUCUCAAUCUCUCCGAGACUCAGGUGAGAAUAUAG